AAAGCCUUUUUGUUAACAUUUUUAAUGGUCAUGCUAUUAUUGUGAGCUUUCGAGUAUAUUUUUUUAUCUGAUUGAUUUUGUAUUUUGUUUUCGGUUGAUUGAUGUAUUCGGGUAAUCUUUUUCCUCCUUGUCACUUCUCGGUGAUCUGUAAUCGUCGAAGGAUGAAGUCAAUGAAAUGAAGUGUCUUGUUCCGCUUUAGCUGAAAGGAAGUAUUCCGUAUCGUAUGGCAUAUACUGUGCUGAAACCGAGGCAGAAACCGUUCUAGACUGAGAGACUGAAACAUAAUAAAUCUUUUCACUUGGUGAAAAAUGCAGCGUAGCGAGCGGUCGUGCGCCCCCGUCGCGACGCUGCCGGCGCUCGUCCCCCCCCUAGGCGGGUCCGCCCCCCGCCCCACCUCAUGGCGCCCCCAAUGAGAUCCAGCUCGCACGAAGCGGGCCACCGAGGAGCGAGGGUGGCGGACCCCACGGAGGCCGACCCCUCCGAACACCACCCUGCGGCACACCCACCGCCACCGCCUCUGACGACGACGAACCACCAGCAGCAGCAGCAGCCGGCCGCGGCCAACUUUGAGUACGAUGACAACGAGUGGGACAUAGGCAUAGGCGAUUUGAUCAUCGAUUUGGACGCUGACAUCGAGAAAACCACAGAGGUGGUGAAUAUGGCGACGAAUGCGGGCCCAGGCGGCCCGCAAGCCUCCAAAGCCCAAGCCACGGCGAAGAUGCACAUCGAGCACUCCGCCACCACCGCCGACAAGGGUCUCAAGAUGAAAAUCAAACGCACCAAACCGGGCACCAAAACCUCCGAGGCCAAGCACGAGAUCGUCAAGUCCAACGAACUCACGAACGGCAUCGCCGCCCUCGACCCCACCGACCCGAAGGCCGGCCCCCAAGCCCCGGGGGGCGUGGCCAAACCCGCCUCCCCGCCGAACGCGGCUGCCAAUAAGCCUCGUUCUUCCGGUCACCGACGCGACAAGACGCGAGACAAGCACUCCUCUAGCUCCGCCCCGCUGGCCGACAAGCCCCUUCCCAAGGCGGGGCCGGUGGCCACGCCCACCAGCGUGGCGAGCGUGUCGGAGAUGAGGGCGACCGCGCCCGGUCCGCCCAGGACGGGGGCGGGGCCGGGGCCGCCUGCAGGGCAGGGCCAGGGGGCGGGACCGUCGCCUGGGCCGCCGCAGAGUCCGGCGGCGGCGACGGCACAGGGGUCGGCGGCCAAGCCGGAGCAGGCGAAGGGGGCGGGGCCGGCUGGGGAGGCACCGGCGAUAGGUGGGGCGGGGGGCGUGGUCGGGGAAGACAGGGGGACGUCGCCGCCUCCGGCCAAGAAGCUCAAGACGGACGGCAAGGAAGUAGCAGACGUUUGCGUCGGUACCAGCGUGGGUACCAUCACGGAACCCGACUGCCUAGGACCAUGCGAACCCGGUACCAGUGUCACGCUCGAGGGUAUAGUCUGGCAUGAAACAGAAGGAGGAGUACUAGUGGUGAAUGUGACGUGGAGAGGCAAGACCUAUGUGGGGACACUUUUGGACUGCACAAGGCACGAUUGGGCUCCACCUCGAUUCUGUGAUUCCCCCACGAGCGACCUGGACAACCGCACGCCGAAAGGCAGAGGUAAGAGAGGACGAUCCUCGGCGGCUCAUUUGCCGACCCCCAGUAUUGACGUAAGCACCAUCAACUUCACAGAGACGCGGUCCACGGCGCACGGCAAGCUGCGCAACGUAGGCGGCGCCAUCGGAGGCGGGGCCAAGGGAGCGAGGAACAAGGGGGCGGCACCGUCGUCGCCGGCGCCGCCCUUCCCGCCGCCCAGGCCGGAGGCGACCAACAAGAGGAAGAGCAGGGCGGGAGAGGAGGCGGCGGCGGAGAGGGAACAAGCCUCGCAAGCGCACACGGUGAAGAAAUCCAAGACGACGACGUCUUCGUCAUCGUCUUCGUCGUCCACAUCGUCGCAGACCCCCUGUGGCAGCAGCCCCCCACCCUCGCCUGUGCUGCUUGAGUGCCCCGAGCCGAACUGCUCGAAAAAGUACAAGCACAUCAACGGUUUGAAGUACCAUCAGUCGCAUGCCCACGGUUCGCCGGACGACGACAACGACGACGGCAACACCGGCGAAGCGUCGUUUUCGAGCAAAGACGUCGUUUCGUCGACGUCGGAGAAUGAUGAGUCGAAUGUGGAGGCGGCCAGUCCGCCGGGGGUGGGGGUGAAAGGGCGGGAGAGUCCAGCGGCGACAGUGGCGGUCGUGGCAGCUGCGGUUGCCAAGAAGGAGCCGACGACCGACUUGCCCCUCCUCUUGCGAGGCUCCGCCUUGCCGGAGGAGCCGGCCACGCCCAGCAGCACGCCCCCCUCUCCAGCCACGCCUCACGGCCCCGCCGCCCCAGAUAAGGCGGCGGAGGUGGCGACUACGCCCACCGUAGCGGAGACGAAGGGGGUGGGCGGGGGAGGGGGCGUGGUCAAGCCGGGCGUGCUGCGGUUCUCCGCGCCCCCGGAAGAGUAUCCGGUCGGGAUGUUCUCGGGGAACAAGCCGCAGGUUCAAGGUACACCACUGUCGAGUACAGGUCCCCUGUCUGCAAACAGGCCGACCCCUGUCGCGAUACCUCCUCCCGUCGACCAAACCCCCCUUCAGCCCCCAGAAUCUGUACCUCCCCAGCCGCAGUCUUUUGCCAAUCAGCUGCAGUCGCAGGGGAGCAUGCAGUCACAGCAGUUCUCACAACCCCCUUCGAUCGUCAUUCCGGGGCAGAAUGGCGCCCCAUUGGGUGCUUCUAUGCAGCAGCAGCAGCCGCAACUGUCACCGCACUCUCCUCCCCAUCCCCCCGGCAAGAUAACGCAGUUCAAGGUCAAGCCCGCCUCUGCCCUCAUGCCCGACGACAAGAAGCAGCAGCAGCAGCAACUGCAGCAGCAGCAGUCCCUGAAUGUAAAUAACAGCGGCAACAAAACGGCCAACUUCAACAAGAAGAAGAACCGCAAAUCCCCCGCCGGCAGCCCCGAUCCCCCCCAAACGGAGCAGCUGCUCUUCGGCUCCGACCAAUCGGGCAGGGACGAGGUCCAGAGCCCCGCCUACUCGGACAUCUCCGAUGACGGGGCCCCCGCAUUGGACACCGAAAUCACCGACAAAAACAAGAAUGCCGACAAGAAGACUGAAACGGGACAAGCGCUUCCCCACAUGCCCCAAUACGGCAUGUACCACCCAUUCUAUAGUCAACAGCAGUAUAUCAUGCCCUCGGUGCAAGACAACAAGCCCAAAGAACCCGAAAAGCAACCCGAAAAAAUCGUCGAGAAGGAAGGCAAAAAGGACACUCACGAUUACCCCCAAAAGGUGGUGCAGCAGCACUACUACCCCUACGGCUACAUGCCCGGCUACCCCUACAACAUGGAGUCGAACUACGCCGGCGUACCGCUCGUGCAAGAGGACAAGCCCAAAGAGGACAGGACCAAGGAGAGUCCCAGUCCGAUCGAUCAGAGCGUCGGCAAACAGCCGCAGCCCAUCCCCAACCCCAUCCAGGUGCCUACACCCGGUAAGGUGAAAGAGGCCAAACACCAGAACGACAACCACCAGAUACUGAAGGAGAGCAUCGAAAUGAAGAACCAGAUGAGCUCUUAUUUGUAUUCGAGACCGCCACCUCCUCAGCAGCAACAAGUGCAACAACAGCAGCAACAGGUGCAGCAGCAGCAACAGAUGCCGCCGAUGCAACAGGUGCAGCAGCAGCAACAGCAGCAGCAGCAGUCGCAUCAUGCCCAAAGAGAGGAAGAUGUGCGCAGGUUCUACGUGUAUUCCGAGCAAAGACGGAAAGAACAACAACAGCAGCAGCAACAACAACAGCAACAAUCGAUGGCCGACCACAAACCUCCCAUUACCAAAACCCCUCACUCCCACAGCCCCUCGCUCAAACCGCCCAAAGACGUGAAAAUGGAGGCGGACAAGAAGGAGAAGGAGCCGAAACAGGAGGGCGUCAAGCCGACGAUGGAGACGCAAGGGCCGCCGCCGCCGCCCACUUCGCAGUACGCCUACAUCCACCCCGGAUACAUGCAGCAGGCGCACUACGGGGCGCUGCCCUUCGACCCGAACCACCCGAUGUACAGGGGCAUCAUGGUGCCGGGGCCGUAUAGCGGCAGUCCCUACAUCCACGCGCCCAUCCAAAGGUACCACGCCCCCGAAGACCUAUCCAGAGCCCAGCCCCCGCCCACCAAAGCCCUCGACAUGCUCCAACACCACGCCCAAUACUACUCCUCGCACAAGAUCCACGAGCUGCAAGAGCGCGCCAUCAAAUCACCCACGCCCAACAGCAACAAGUCCAACUCCUCGCUGGCCGCGUCCAGCCCAUCGGCCAAUCAGGGAGGCGGAGCGGGAGUAGGCGUGGUCGGAGUGGGCGGGAACGUUGGAGCUCCGCCCCCUUCCGGCCCGCCUUCUGCGCAGAUGAGCGCGAAUCCGAACGCGGGGUCGCAGGCGGCGAAUAACGCGCCGGCUGCUGGGGGGAAGCAGGCGGGCGGGGACGGUGGUGGGGGCGGGAAGGAGGCGAGGUCGCCGCCCCCGCAGAGGCACGUGCAUACGCACCACCACACGCACGUCGGGUUGGGGUAUCCGAUGUAUCCGGCGCCGUACGGAGCUACAGUGUUGGCGAGUCAACAAGCUGCAGCUGUCACAGUGAUCAACCCGUAUCCGACCAAAUGAGUGCGCUAAGUUGAGAGACUGACGGUGCGUUUUCACAGUGACUAAAGCAUUCCAUAGUUUUCGUUUGAAUAGUGAGCACUUCUGGGCCGAAGCACGAAUGACCAGACACGAACCUCCAGAACCCCAAAAAAGUCGAAUGAAAGAGACAUUUUCUCGUUUGUCUUUGGCGUUCAUUUGAACUACUUUCCAUUUUGAAUUCAGUAACUUACCCAAUUCUUUCUUAAUUUGAUUAAAAAUAUUGUUUCCUCAAUUUUCGGUACAUUUGACCUACUUAUCUCCUACAUAAACCUAAAUGAACUGUUUGGGCGAGGUUUUUGGAAUAAAGGAGGAUUAGGAAUUCCUCGUUCCUCGGUUUUCAAAUUGAAUUUUUUUCUUAAUUUGAUCAAAAAUAUUGUGUUUUCAAUUUCCGGUACAUUUGACCUACUCAUCUCCUACAAAAACCUAAAUGGACUGUUUGGUUUUUGGAAUGAAAGAGAAUAAGGAUGAAUUUUUAUCAACAUGGGUCACAAAUCUAAUAUUUUAGGUUUCCACCAGCUUAUCAAAUCAUAGUUUUUCAAAUGAAACUAUUUUUGUUGAACUGGAUUCGAUGAUAUCUGGUGUUCCACGUGAAAUGUAAUUAGUAGUUCAAAUGAACGAGUUCACUUACACAACUGUCUUCAUUUGAUUGCUAUACAUAUUUCAAGUGAUUGUUUCAAAUCAAAUAUCUUGAUAUGUUCAUUUGAACUACUUUCCUUACCCAAUUUUUUCUUAAAUUGAUUAAAAAUGUUGAUUCCUCAAUUUCCGGUACAUUUGACCUACUUAUCUCCUACAUAAACCUGAAAUGAACUAACUGGGCGAGGUUUUUGGAAUAAAAGAGAAAAAGGAUGAAUUUGUAUCAAUAUAGGUCAUGAAUCUAACAUUUCAGGAUUCCACCAGCUUAACAACUCAUAGUUUUUCAAAAGAAACAGUUUUUUUUGAGCUGGUUUCGUUGAUAUCUGGUGUUCCAAGUGAAAUGUGAUUAGUAGUUCAAAUGCACGUGUUUACAUACACAACUGUCUUCAUUUGAUUGCUAUACAUAUUUCAAGUGAUUGUUUCAAAUCGAAUAUCUUCAUGUGCAUUUGAACUACUUUUCAUUCUGGGGCUCGAAUAAUUGCUUUUUCGAUUUUUUUGGGGUUAAAAGGUAUGGUGCUGUGACUAAACUAUCUUAUCCCAAGGACUUAUUGAAUCCUGCUGUGUAAAUUAGUUAUUUUUGGAUGUAAAUAGUGUAAAGGCAAAUUGUCUUGAAGUCAUAAUGUUAGCUGAAUAUUUCUUAGUAGACUGAUAAUUGACCUACUAGGUUACUGUGUAUUUUUUAAUGUAAAACUGUCUUCUUUCAUUAUAACAAAUAAUAAGAUAGAUAUAAAUUUUAAUUUUUAUUCAUCGAUUCGUUCCAGUUUUAGUGGGACGGUAUUUGUAUAAUUAUAAAUUUGUUUUUUUUUUUACUUGAAACGUUUGCAGUCUGUACACUUGUAAUAUUCUGUAAAUAUAUCCAUGACAAAUAUUAUUUAUGAGUGUAAUCCUAAUGCAUUUGUAUAUUUUCAAUGAAUAUUUUAAAUUUUUUUGUUGUACCUAUUUCAUUUAAGAUGAUAUAAUAUUUAUAUAUAUAUUUUUACGCGAUCACUAAAAUCCGAUUUUUGUGAUAGAAAAAUUGUUCAAAAGUUUAAUAAGUAACGUUUACACACAUAAUAUUUGUAGAAAAUUACCUUCUGUGCAGACUACGAGAAGCUUUUAUGUAAAGUUGCUUAAUAAAAAUGAUGAACUAA